GGCUCCGCCCACCUGUUCCCCAGUAGCUGCUGUAGUACAGUAGCUCAAUGUGUCACAGCCGCUGAAUCUUGGAGGACUAAACCACUGGUCCUACAGACGCUCUUGCCGAUAUCGAGGACUCUAUGGUGAUCCCGGCUGGACCCGGAGAUGCAGCUUACGGUGAAAGCGUUAAAAGGGAAAGAGGCCAACCUCCAGGUCUCUGAGAGUGACACCAUUCUUGCAGUGAAGAGACUGGUGGAAGAGAAGCUGCAGGUGCCAGUGUCGCAGCAGCGGUUGUUGUUCAGGGGCAAAGCCCUGUCAGACGAACACAGUCUUUCUUUUUACGCCAUUGGGCCUGGCUCAAGACUGAACCUAAUGGUGAAGGAGCGAACGUCUGUGGAGGUCGGGGGGAACGCUGUCUGGAAAUCCCUGGCUGUUAUACUGGGGAAACAUUUCAGCCCCUCUGAUGCAGAAAGAGUUCUGGAAUAUGUACAGAAGGACUACGAGCGCAGUCUGUCACUUCUCAGCCUGGAUGACAUUGAACGGCUGGCUACACGAAUUCUCCACCCUCAGCUCCCGGAUACCAUAGACCUUGGAUUCCUGGACUGAGAAACUGAGUCCUCUCCCACCCACCUCCCUUCCACAAUGCACUUGUUGUCCUCCCCUGUACAGUCACCAAAUGGCAUCACAGCUGUAAUAAAAUGCAACAUUACAAGGA